AGAAAAUUUGACAUUAACCUCUUUUUUCAAAAGUUUCUCCAUCUAUAGUAAAAUCUGUGGAUGUAAUAAUCUGUCAUUUCUGUGAUUUGUCCAGGAAUCCAUCUUUCUUGGAGUAAUUUCGGUGCGAGUCGACUUGGAUUUUGUUAAAGCACCAAGAUGGGUUUCGUGAAAGUGGUGAAAAAUAAACAAUAUUUCAAGCGUUAUCAAGUCAAAUUCAAGAGGCGUCGUGAGGGAAAAACUGACUACUAUGCCCGUAAACGUUUAAUUGUACAGGAUAAGAACAAAUAUAACACCCCCAAGUAUCGUCUUAUUGUCAGAAUUUCAAAUCGCGAUAUUACCUGCCAAAUUGCCUACUCCCGUAUUGAAGGAGAUAAGAUUGUUUGUGCUGCAUACUCUCAUGAGUUACCUAAAUAUGGUGUUAAAGUUGGACUUACCAACUAUGCUGCAGCGUACUGUACUGGUUUGUUAUUGGCACGCCGUUUGUUGAAACAAUUGGGUUUGGAUACCCUUUAUGAAGGAAACUUGAAUGUCGAUGGAGAUGAAUACAACGUGGAGGGUGUAGAAGAUGGUCCAGGAGCCUUCAGGUGUUAUCUUGAUGUUGGUCUUAACCGUACCACAACUGGAGCAAGAGUAUUUGCUGCCAUGAAGGGAGCUGUUGAUGGUGGAUUGAACAUUCCUCAUUCCACUAAAAGAUUCCCCGGUUACGACAGCGAGUCAAAAACCUUCAAUGCUGAGGUUCACAGAAACCACAUUAUGGGAAAACAUGUAGCUGAUUAUAUGGCAUCUUUAGAAGAGGAAGACCCAGAUGCGUUCAAGAGACAAUUCAGCAAAUACAUCAAUUUGGGUAUUUCGGCUGAUCAGGUUGAGAAUAUCUACCAAAAUGCUCACGCUGCUAUCAGAGCUGAUCCAUCCGCUGAUAAGAAAGAAAAGGCAAAACCAGAAGUGCAAAAGAGAUGGAACAGGAAGAAGCUCACAUUGGCCGAAAAGCGGAACACUGUUGCACAGAAGAAGGCCUCCCAUUUGGCGAAAUUCAAAGAAAUGGAAGAAUAAUUUUUUUUUUAUUCCAUAAUAAAAAUAAAACGCUA